AUGGCAGGAUCUGGUGUCGCUGUGAGGCUGCAUGAGUUCAGAGAGUCUGGAGACGGAUCAAACCUGUUAAAACCGCAGACGUCGCGUCAGGGCAGAGACGCUCAGGGCUUGUAUCCAGGGCAGCUGGGCCGAGUCCACACUGUCCACGCAAAGGACUGUGGGUAUCGUCUUCACAGUGGAAAGUCUCAUGACGAGUCUCCAAACCAUCAGCAUCAGCAGAGUUUUGACAUCCGGACCCUCAGAGCACUGACUGUCCUCCGUCACAGUCCAGCCGUCCCCAAACAGCGCCCCCUUCAGACGACCUACCAGGAGGAGUUCGGUCAUCAGUCCCCUCUCUUUCCUCACUGA